ACUUUCUGCCAUACGAUGUGGAAAUGUUCCAAAAUGGAAACAUCAAUAUUUCCGGCUUUCAAAUAAUCAAUCGAGAAAUCAAAGAGUAUCUGAAUUUGAAAAGGCAUCUAUUAAAUUUAACCUCAAAAAAGAAUGCGGAUGAUUUGGAUAUCGAGGCCAAAGCUGUUUUUGUACAUGAUGCGGUCGUAGUUGCAAGAGCUGUGUUUGCCACUGCACUACGACGAAACGAUUCGUUAUUCCGUCACAAUUUUCGGCAUGGCGAACUGUACAAUCGCGGAUUCCCUGGAAUAUACUGUCACCCAAUCACAGAUGUCAACAAUCCAAAUCGACCGUUUACCACUUUCGAGCACGGACAAACGCUGGCAAGAACAUUGAGAGGAGUGAGAAUCCACUGGCUUUUCAUGGCUCCUGAAUUAUUUUCGAGCAAACGCAUCACCGAUUGCUACAAUUUUACAUUGUCUGCUAUUCACAGUGAUAUUACAGCCGGGAAAUUCGGUUUUUUU